AUGGCAAGAGUAACGCCAAUUGAAAUUGAACCAAAAUGGGAAGCUGAAAUUUUGCCUGAAAAAGUAAAAAUUGUAAAAUCUGAUGGAUUUGAACAACGUUUCUUUGAUACAUUGCGCCGAACCAAAAUUUUGAUAUCCAUCCGAAUGUUCACCGCAGCACUGAUGUCGUUAUGUUUCAUUGCAUUAUCAGUGACAACCUCAAAUUUAUCGGGUACCAUGGUUUGUAUGUUUGUUGAACAAUCGCAAGAACUUCAAAAGAUACAAAGGUUUAUGGCUGAAAAUGAAGAACAAAAAGCAUUUGUGAGAGCUAUCAAAAAACGAUUGGAAAGUGUAAAUGAAACUAUUGAUGCAACAAUGAAUCCUUGUCAUCUGAAGGCAAUCAGUAUGGCAGUUGAUAAAUAUCAACAAAUGAAUACAACUGGCCAAGAACAGCUGUUAAAUACUGAUGAAACAUUAAUUCAAGAUGCUGUUAAAAACAGCCAUAGAAAUGAGGAAGUUCAAGUUCAGCAUUGUCAUGCGGAAGACCUACUGAAUUGGAAUUCUCUGCAAAGAGGAGUAGUUUUGGCUGCACAGAAUGUUGGCUGUCUUAUUAUGUUGUUUACUGGACGCCAUGCAGAUAGACUUAAUGGUAAAUGGACAGUGGCAAUUGGAUUACUGAUAACUGUGAUAAGUAAUCUGCUGACACCAUUUCUUGCGCAAAAAUCUAUUGGAUAUGCCGUUUUUGCCCGAAUAUUAACUGGUGUUUCUGAUGCUUUUAUUUCUCCAUCAAUCAAUUCGAUGAUUACUCGUUGGUUUCCACCAAAAGAACGUCCAUUUGCGAUUGGAUUUGUAACCGGUGGACGUCAACUUGGAAAUCUUUUUAUUCUCCCAAUUUCUGGUUAUAUGUGUUCAAGAACUGACUCAUGGGGAGGAUGGAAGCCAACGUAUUAUGUGUCGGCAGGAAUUGGAGCUUUUAUUCUGUUGACCUGGAUAAUCUUAUCAGCAGAUAAGCCAUCUAAACACCUGUUUAUUCGAAAAGAUGAAGCUGGCUAUAUUCUUAAAAAAAUUGGUGAAGAAGCACUGGAAAAAAGGAAGGAAAGAGCCAGCAUUCCAUGGAAGCAUCUUUUGAGAUCAAAACCAUUUAUUGCUGGUAUUUUCGCACUUGUAUGCCACGAGUAUCCUCUUGUCAUAAUGUUAACGCUUUUACCUACCUACCUAAAGGAAGUCCUUGGGCUAACGGAUGCAGUUAAUGGUGUUGUAUCUGCUUUGCCAGUACUGACUCUAUGGCUCAGCAAGACGGCUUCUUCCACCCUGUCGUCGUACUUAACCGCAAACUUUUCCCAUUAUCGGCUCUUCGGUAAAACUCCUCUGGUCAAAAUUUUCAAUUUCAUUGCUUCAGCAGGACUUGGUAUUUGCUUGGCUGUGGUACCGAUGUUGACUAAGCCAUCACAAGUUGAGGUUGCAAUUGUAGCUAUGUGCUUAGCAAAUGCUUUUGCAGGUUUCCAUACGCCGGGUGUGCAAACAGCACUAUUGCAAAUAGCUCCAGCUUUCACUGGCGUGAUAACGGGGAUAUCUUUUUCAUUUGUAGCACUUGCAAGUAUUCUCAAUAAAUUGAUCAACGGGUUUAUUCUGGAUAGAGGGUCACAAGGUCAAUGGAUAAUCCUCUUCGAAAUUUCCGCAGUAAUUGCUUUAUUGCCAGUGGUGUUCUUUACCAUUUGGGGUUCUGCAGACCGUCAACCUUGGGCGAUUCCAAAAUCCAAAAAUCCACUACCAAUGUCAGUCUCUGCCACAGUCCCAAUUUCGAUCAUUGUUGAUAAAAAGACUGCGGAGCGCAAAAAGACCAUAGCGGCUAAACUAAGUGUUGUAAAACCAAAGCAAAGUAUACUUGAACAAGUGGAUAAAAACGAAGAAAAUUAA